GACUGACUGGCAAUCCCUGCUCAGACUCUUCAUUCAUCACGCCCACUUCCCCCGGACGACCGUUUGGUCCGUUCUCCUGGUCGGUUCAUUUUUGACUUAUCCUCCGAUCUUGGCACUUCCCUCCACAUCGGGGUCUGACCUGUCGCGCGGUCAGGAAAGUGCUCAAUACGAGGUGGGUUCUUCGGGUUGUUAUCGUUACCCAGAUCCUGCUCCCAGUCCAAUCAUCCCGGCGAUCUCGGAUGUAUCUAACGCCCGUUCCUUAGUCCUCCAGAGCUCUGAUCGGCCCUAGGAACAGAAUGAUGAGUGCCUGGAUGAGAUGCUUUCGCCCGUCGCGGGAGAAUGAAAGCAUCGCCAGUCCCCAACCCUCGUCUAUCUACGAUGAGAAAUACAGGGACUAUGAAGUCAACGUUCAAGAGUCGGACCCGGCCGUACCUGCUACUGGAGCUGCCAAGAUAGAAGCCGUCGAAGCAGUGGGAGGCCGCAAAGGACGCUAUCUUCUAUACGCGGGGCUGGCAAUGAUUAUGACCAUCUAUGAGUUGGAUACGUCCACCGUGGGCACCUAUCGCAAUUUUGCGACUUCGGAUUUCGACCAUCUUUCCAUGUUGGCGACUCUGAACACGGCUGCUAGCAUUAUCUCUGCUGUGUGCAAACCCCCGAUCGCCAAAGUGUCCGAUGUUCUUGGCCGCGCGGAAGCAUACAUCUUCACGCUCGCUUGCUACAUCAUUUCGUAUACACUCUGCGCAUCGUCAAAAUCAUUCAACACAUACGCCGGUGGUUAUGUCUUCUAUUCUAUCGGCCAAGCUGGGACUGCCAUCCUUAAUGCCACCGUGGUCUCGGACAUCUCGUCCAUGCGCUGGAGAGGAUUCGUCUACAACAUUCUCUAUGUGCCAUUUUUGAUCACUCCUUGGGUCUCGGCUUUCAUCGUCGACAGCGUGGUCAAUGGGAUCGGCUGGAGGUGGGGCAUUGGCAUGUUCGCAAUACUGAUGCCAUUUUGUGCCAGCUUCAUCAUCAUCACACUGCUCGUGUUCCAGCAACGAGCCAAACGAGCCGGGCUGAUUUUGACGGAGCGCCUCAAUAUCUAUGACUUCUGCUCAAGAAUCGACCUGGGUGGUAUCAUUCUCCUGAGUGGCGGAUUUACUCUGGUGCUCAUUCCAAUCACGCUGGCGGCCACCACGAGCAGUCGUUGGCAGACCCCUUGGGUGGACGUUCUCAUCGCUCUCGGUGUUGUGGUAUUGAUCUGCCUCUAUCCUUACGAGAAAUACCUUGCGCGCCAUCCGGUGGUCCCAGUGCGCUACUUCCACACCCUUUCUGUCGUGGUCUCCGUGGCUCUGGCCUGCGUCGACAACAUCGGCUUUGGCAGUACCCAUACCUACCUGUAUGUGUGGUCGAUGGUCUCGCACAACUUCUCCCCGCGCGAUGCGCAGUUCCUCAACUACACCAACGCGGUCAUGCAGGCGUUAGUCGGCAUGGGCACCGGAUUGCUGAUGUACCGCAUGCGCUCGUACAAGUGGAUCGGAGUGAUCGGGGCGGUGAUCCGAAUGGUCGGGUACGGCGCCAUGGUGCGUCUGCGCACCAACGCCAGCUCCACAGCCGAGCUUUUCAUCGUCCAGCUAGUCCAGGGCGUAGGUAGCGGUAUCAUUGAGACCAUCGUGGUCGUUGCGGCGCAGAUCUCCGUGUCCCAUGCGGAACUAGCGCAGGUCACGUCGUUGACGAUGUUGGGAUCGUUCCUGGGCAACGGCAUCGGUUCGGCGAUUGCCGGGGCCAUCUACACGGGCAAGCUCCGCCAUCAACUGCGACUCCAUCUGGGGUCAGGUGUGAGCGACGACAAGGUCGACGAUCUAUAUAAUUCCAUUACCGGAACGUUACCUCCUUGGGGAUCAAUGGAGCGGACAGCCGUCAAUCAGGCCUAUUCAGACGUGAUGGGCUACAUCACAAUCGCCGCUCUGGCCUUCUCUGCUCCGGUGGUGGUUCUCGCGGUGAUCCUUCCUAACAAGAAACUUGGGGAUGGACACAACCUGGUGCAGGACGACAAGCCCCCGGGCACAUCCCAGGCGGAACUAGUGGAAAAAGAAACACGAUGAUGAGCAGACCGCCGUAACGGCCAGUGCAGAAUGUUAACGACUGAUUAAUAUAAUUAUACAUUAUGAUAUGAUAG